CCCGGAAGUGAAGGUGAGGGCCGGGGGCCGCUAUGGUGGGUGGGUGGAUUUGUGUGUGUUGUGGUGCUGCUGUUCCGCGUCCCGGCCGCGCCUCCCCGCGGGGUCCCGCUCUGUGGUGCCGGCGGGGGAGAGCGGCCGCGGGGCCGGGCCCUGCUGGCGGCGCCCAGCCUGCGGGCUCCGCCGUUCCCGUUUUUGUUGCAGUUAGCAGAGAGGCAUGGCUGUGAGAGCAUGUGGCUUGAUAAUCUACAGGAGGCUGCAGUCAGCACCUCCUUCUAAGGUCACUGACAAUAUUGAAUACCUCCUUCUUCAGACGUCCUAUGGGACCCAUCACUGGACCCCGCCCAAAGGCCAUGUGGAUCCAGGAGAGGAUGACCUUCAAACAGCCUUGCGGGAAACGCGGGAGGAGGCUGGCCUCCGGGCCAGUCAGCUCACCCUCGUAGAGGGGUAUAAGAGAGAACUGCACUACCCUGUCAAUGGCAAACCCAAGACCGUCAUUUACUGGCUGGCAGAAAUGAAGGACUAUAACACAGAAAUCAAGCUUUCGGAGGAGCAUCAGGCUUUCCGGUGGCUGAAGCUGGAGGAUGCCUGCAAAUUUGCAGAAUUUGAGGAUAUGCAAGCAACUCUGAAAGAUGUACAUCAGUUUCUUUGCUCCAGAAAGUAAAUGCUUUGUUGAAGAAUAAGGGAAACUUUUAAAGAAACAUGGCCCGACUUUUCUUUUUUCUUUUCUUUUUUUUUUUUUUUUUUUAACAAAUAGAAUUGGAUGACUGCAGAAAUGUAGAUUCUUUUUUUUUAAAAAAUCUAUACAAAUUCAGUGAAAAUAAUUGGUGCUUUCAGAGAACUUGUGCUUUUGUGUCCCCCACCUUUUUCUAGCUCAUGCUGAAAAGCAUGAUCUGAUUCAACCAUAAUGUCUGAAUUGAAACCACAACUAACAAAAACUGCUUGUGUCCUUUAUUUUUUUCAAAGUGCUGAGCAACGAUGGGUCUUUUUUGAAAAUCAAUCACUUGAUGUCUCCUGAGCUGCUUGAUGUUAGAACUACAGAGUUAUGAAAAUGAGCAUAUGGAGAUAAUUAAUAACAAAACAUUUACUGCAAAAGUUGCACGUUGCAUUUCACAUAGGGCAGCAGUGGUUCUGUUCCCGGCUCCUCCACUGAUUUGUUGUGAUAACUUGUCCUGUCAUUUCAGGUCCUGUUUGUUUGUAUCAUGAAUGUAUGUACAUCACUAAUCUACUGUUUUAAAAACAGUUUCAAUCCAAGGAAACUCAGUAAACAGUUAACUUGAAAUUUA